UCUCCAAAUUUCGCAAAAUCUGUUUUGAUUUCAUCGGACAUUUUAUGUUCCAUUAUAGGUACUACUUGUUAUCAGUAAAGUAGCAAUUUCUACAUUGGUGUGAUUCUCGUCAUUGUUACCUCACGCUUUGUUGUUAUCUAACUUGUCCGUGUAAGAGCUUCGUGGUUUGGUGUACUAUUGUCCGCCCGGAAUGCGUACAUUGUAGUAAAUUUUCUGGAUUACUGGAAAAGAAACUUUACUGAGCACAGGCGACCAAAUAUACAAUAGUUUGGCAUUUAUUUCGAUCAAUUUAUUACCGUCAUUCAAACAUCAAUCUCACCGACAAGAUGAGCAUUUUCGCUGGAGUAGAAGUUGGGCCACCGAUCGAGGUGUUCGCUCUAAAUCAGGCCUGCUUAAAGGAUACCAACCCGGACAAAGUUAACCUGGGAGUCGGGGCUUACCGUACGAAUGAGGGAAAACCGUGGAUCCUGCCGGUGGUGAAGAAGGCCGAGGCUGCAAUCAUAGCCGACGGUAGCUUGAAUCAUGAGUACCUACCGGUGCUAGGAAUGGAGAACGUCACGAACGGUGCCAGUACUUUGCUUUUGGGAGAUGAUUCGGAGGCUAUCAAGAGUAAGCGUGCCUUCGGUGUGCAAACAUUGUCGGGAACCGGUGCCUUGAGACUGGGCGCCGAGUUUCUGGCGCGGAUUCUUCACCGAACCACUUUCUACUAUUCAUCGCCGACGUGGGAAAACCAUCAUAAGGUAUUUUUGUAUGCCGGGUUUACGACGCCGAAGACGUAUCGCUACUGGGAUCAAGAGCGGCGGGGUAUCAACUUUGAAGGCAUGAUUGCAGAUCUGGAAGCGGCACCGGAAGGAGCCGUCAUUAUACUGCAUGCGUGUGCCCAUAAUCCUACCGGAAUUGAUCCUACGCGGGAACAGUGGAAACAGAUCGCCGAUGUUUGUGAACAGAAGAAGCUUUUCCCGUUCUUCGAUUCAGCCUACCAAGGAUUCGCUAGUGGCGACCCGAAUAAGGAUGCCUUCGCUGUGAGAUAUUUUGUGGAACGUGGGUUUGAGCUAUUUUGCGCUCAGAGUUUCGCCAAGAACUUUGGAUUGUAUAACGAACGUAUCGGAAAUCUUACCGUCGUCCAGAGGGACACAGCAACCAGUUCUGCGGUGGCUUCGCAAAUCACACUGUUGGUUCGUGGUAUGUACUCCAACCCGCCGGCCUUUGGCAGUAGAAUCGUGAGCCGGGUGUUGAAUGACCCAACACUACGAGCCGAAUGGAUGGAGUGUAUCAAAACGAUGAGUUCCCGUAUCAUCACCAUGCGGCAGGCUCUGUACGAUGAACUGGUGGCACUGCAAACUCCUGGAACCUGGGAGCACAUCACUCAGCAGAUUGGCAUGUUCUCAUAUACGGGAUUGAAUGAAAAACAAGUGGAAAUUCUGAUCAAGGAGUACAGCAUCUACCUGCUAAAGACCGGUCGGAUCAGCAUGUGUGGCCUGAACGAGAACAACGUCAAGUACGUUGCUAAGGCAAUAAAUGAUGCGGUUUGUCGAGGCGGGGCAGCAUCCAAGAUCUAGUUUGAUUGACGGGGGAUAGACGGGGGAUUUCUUCGGCUUCCAUAUAAAUUUAUAUAUCCUACCGCUUUUAAGCAAGCAUAUUAUGUUUCACUUGUUCCUUGUUACAAUUAUGUAUUAGAUUUUUUCCCUGUAAAAACAUCGGGAGUUUUGGAAGUAUUUUUUAAGUACUGAAAAGCAAAGCUUUCAUAUCUGAUUUAAUCAAAGCAACCGUAACAAAAAUAAACAACAAAGGUCCUCCAUGUUAACACUUUGAAUACACGCUGAACUCAUUUGCAAUAUGAGACCAACAACAAGUAGCGAAGUUUUAUGAAAAAGUGUACAAAUUUUUCUAUGGAAAUAUGAUUAAUAAACGUAGGCAGAUCCGUUUUUCUUGUAAUGCAAAUAUAAAACAAUAUCAUGCUGGGGUGGGCGUAGCGUAUUGGUAAAAUCGAUUGCCUUGUACGCAGCGCACCUGGGUUCGAGUCCCGACCCCGCACAUAGGGUUAGAAAUUUUUCAUAGAAGAUUUUUCUAACCCGAAGAGGCGAAUGACCAUAAGGUUAAAACCUCUAUAAUCGAAGUAAAAAAAAAAUAUGCAGAGAGACAACGAUUUAUAUUCCAAAUAAUUGCAAUGAGCAAAUAGAUAUCUCAUAAAUAGAAACAGACGAAGGAUAA